AAUGCAAAGUAAAAGAAAUUACCAAAGUGUUGAUCCGACGUUGGACUAGAACAGUUCAGAGAUUGAGGCCCAAAGCCAAAACCCUCUCGCCUAACUAAAAUAUCUUCCCGGGAUCCAAGAAAGUACCAUUUCUACAGCUCUCCGUACAUUCAUCUUGACUUCUUUACCAUGGCCUAUAGAUCUUGCUAUGCUGUUUGUGUCCAGAGUCUUAGAACCCCAUUUUGUUAAAGCAUCCAUCGUUGUCUCUGCGACGCUGGUAAUGUUGUGAUUUUUGAGCUUCUGGGUCUCUUUGAUUUGGUGUUCUUGCUGCGUCACAAGCUGCCAAAGUUUGAGAUUCAAGGAGUUGCGGUCUUUGAGGAAUCUGAAGGAGUAAGAAGGGUUGUUGUUUAAUUUAAAGAGGUUUUAGUCGGCCUUAAGAUUCUGUUGGCGUCUGCUUCUUGUUGGCCAUGGGGGAUUAUGAGUCGAUGAUUCCGGAGUUAAAAGGAGAAGAAAACUUAAUCGCUGCGGCGAAACACAUUGUUAAAGCUUUGGGGUCAAAUAAGAACCUUACAGUUGAUGCAAGGAAAAUUUUGGCAGAACUUGGCACCCAAUUGUCCACCAUGACUGCAGUCAACGAAACAAAGGAUGAUGGGACUAGCGAGAUGGAGGAUCAGCUUCAUGCUGUUGAGGAAAAGAUAAUGAGAUGGGAGGAAGAUCAGUCUAUGAUAUGGGAUUCAGGACAAGAAGAAGCCUCUGAGUACCUGAUUGCGGCAGGUGAAGCCCAAAAGUUGACUGAAAGGUUGGAGAGUCUGUGUCUGAAUAAAGAUGAUGAUGAAUAUAUUCUGUUACAAAGGGCUCACAAUAUUCUUCAGAAGGCAAUGGAAAGGCUUGAGGAAGAGUUCAGGCACAUGCUUGUUGAGAACAGGCAACCAUUUGAGCCAGAGCACGUGUCGUUUAGAUCGAAUGAAGAGGAUGUUGUGGAUGAGGUCUCAAUUAUCUCUUUUGGGGAUGAGUCAGUUGAGGACUCGCUCCAGAGAGACAGAGACAGUGUCAGCAGGGCAUCAGAGGAAUAUAUCAUUGAUUUGAUCCAACCGGAUGUAAUUCCUGACCUUAGAUGCAUUACGAACUUGAUGUUCAAUUCAAAUUAUGAUAAGGAAUGUUACCAGGCGUAUACCAGCGUCCGAAAGGAUGCCUUGGAUGAGUGCCUCUUCAUCCUUGAAAUGGAGAAACUAAGCAUUGAAGAUGUGCUGAAGAUGGAGUGGGUUAGCUUGAAUUCCAAGAUCAAGCGAUGGGUUCGAACAAUGAAGAUAUUUGUGCGGGUCUAUCUUGCUAGCGAGAAAUGGCUCAGUGAUCAAAUUUUUGGGGAGCUUGGACCAAUUAAUCUAGUUUGUUUUGUUGAGGCAUCUAAGGCUUCAAUGUUUCAGCUUCUGAAUUUUGCUGAAGCCAUGUCUAUAGGACCUCACCAACCAGAGAAGUUGUCUCGCAUUCUUGACAUGUAUGAGGUGCUAGCAGAUCUUCUUCCAGAUAUAGAUACUUUAUACUCGGAUGAAGCUGGUUCUUCAGUUCGAAAGGAGUGUCAUGAGGUUCUAAGGAGAUUAGGUGAUUCUGCUAGGGCAACGUUUCUCGAAUUUAAGAAAGCCAUUGCAUCAAACGCAUCAACAAACCCUUUUGCAGGAGGCGGAAUCCACCCUCUGACCAGAUAUGUCAUGAAUUACAUCAAGAUUCUAACUGACUACAGUGAGACCCUUAAUUUGCUCCUCAAGGACCAUGAUGAAGAGUAUCCCAGUUUGUUGUCACCUGACAUGAGUCCAACAGCAGAAGAGGAGAGCAAAAGUGGAAGUUCUUUACGCGGGAUUUCCCCAAUGUCUUCCCACCUGCUAUCGAUUGCUUCAAUUCUGGAAAGCAGCCUUGAUGAUAAAUCCAAGCUCUACAAGGAUCCUUCGCUGCAGCACUUCUUCUUGAUGAACAAUAUUUAUUACAUGGCUCAAAAGGUCAAGGGGUCUGAGCUACGGGAUAUAUUUGGGGAUGAAUGGAUUAGAAAGCACAACUGGAAAUUCCAACAGCACGCAAUGAAUUACGAGCGAGCUAGUUGGAGUUCAAUCCUCUCGUUGCUUAAAGACGAGCGGAUUCAAAAUCCCGGUUCAAAUUCUAUCUCAAAAACUCUUCUUAAGGAAAGGAUACGGAGCUUUUACCUUGCAUUUGAGGAAAUUUACAAGGCUCAAACGGCAUGGCUUAUCCCAGAUCUCCAGCUUCGAGAAGAUCUACGAAUCUCAACAUCCCUCAAGGUGAUUCAAGCUUAUAGGACAUUCGUGGGAAGAUUUGGCAAUCACGUAAGUGACAAGCAUAUUAAGUACAGUGCAGAUGAUCUAGAGAGUUAUCUUUUGGAUCUCUUCGAGGGAUCUCCAAAAUCAUUACAAAAUAGCCAUAGGAGGUGAUUCAAGCAAAGUUUGAGUUUCAUUCUAGCCCUGCCCCACCAUGAGUUCCACUGUUUCCAGUAUAUGUAAAAUCUAGUUUGACUGAAAAUUUGAUUAUUGUAAGCUCUUUGUUGCUUUGUUCAUUACAGAAUUGCUUGCUAUUGGAGGUGAUAAAUGAAAGUUGAGUUUCAUUCUAGUCCCUCCAUGAGUUUCCCCUCUUUCCAGCAUAUGUAAUCUACUCUUGAUUGAAAAAUGUUAUAUGAUAAUUAAGCAAGUUGAGUUUCAUCCUA